GGCAUAGUAAAUAAAGCCCGUUUGGUUUAUGAAACCGGAUUAUUAGGUAUGAUUUCGCGCAACGAAACUAUCGCAAUACCAAAGGUAGAAAUAUUUGUAUUACGACUUCUGGCUACAGAUUUUACAUUACCUUUUGUAAGAGACAGCCAAUUACACUUAUAUAUUUCUCCUAAAAUGGAACAUGACAAUAUGUGGAUGGUAAAAGUUUUCUCUUGGAAAAUAUGGUGCAUUAUAUUGAUUAUGUGUGUACUACUGAGUCUAUGCACCUUUGUGAUACAAAAUGUUCAAACACGAAAUAAAGAUAAGAAACGUGAAAACGUAUCUUUCAUCGAACACUUAUUUUAUAGUUUUGGAAACCUCUGCAGUCAAGGCUAUAUUCCCCAAAAUCUUUAUGGAAAAUCAAGGAUAUUAGAAGUAUCACUGGGAUUGUUUUGUUCAGUCAUAUGCAUGUCAUUUGGGGCUGUGUUAUUUACAUAUAUAAUGAAAAAUAUUUUUGUGCCACCAUUUAAUAAUUUAAAGUCCUUGUUGACUGAUACUAC